GUCCGUCAACUCAGAGUAGGAAACACUAUUCACAAUCCUCAGUGUCCAGAUCCCAUCCAUCAUUAAAAGCAGUCUCAAGCAAGGGCUACAUGUCUCGUCACUCGUACAAUCCAAUGACAUCCACUUCCUACCAUCCAAACUUUCAACCGCUUUCGACAUCAACCCUCAACAAAUCAGUUCAGCAAAUAUCCAUGUCUGCUGCUACUUACCCACACUCAUCCAUGUCUGUUGCUACUUACCCACGCUCGUCUGAUACUUUGGAAAAUAUAACUCAACCUCAGCCGUCUCAAACCAAUUUGUACAAUCCCACUCGGCAGCAUCCAUCUCAGGCGGCCGUACAUCCUACCGAUCCUUAUUAUACUCAGUACCAACUUCAACCAAUGCAGGAGUCUGAACAACAGUCUGGACAGCAGUCUGGACAGCAAUAUGGACAACAGUAUGGACAACAACUUGGACAACAGCCUGUGCUUGAUCCUCAACUUCAAGAAUCAGCUUAUUCAAGCACUCCUGGUUUGGCUGGAAAUAAUCGACAAUCCCAACAACCCUACCAGCAGGAACAAGGUACUAUGCGUGCCAGCACUCAGAAUGUACCUUAUCAAUCUGAUCCAGUAGUCGUCACUCUGGACAAUCAGUCAUCUAACCAGAACCCUUCUAAGCUCGACCCAUAUCCUCCAUUCGAUACAAAACAGCCUAAACAGAGAAUAUGCUGCUGCUUCCGCACCUAUUCUUGUUGCGUCAGUUGCUUUUGCUGCUGUUUCAUUGUCCUUAUUGCUUUGGGAUUAACCAUCUUCUUCCUAUGGCCGAAAAUCCCAACAGUCAAUAUGUCCGAUCCUUACAUCCCUAUUGGGUCUACUGGCUUGCAAGUCUCUUCUGGUGAUAUCUCCACCGCCGGCAUUACAAAUGGUCUUAAAUCUGCUUCUGCCAGUAAUCCAUAUAGCUUCUCGUUUCCAUUUGCAACCAAUGUUUCGGCAAUUUCAACCAACAAAAUCGAUAUUCUGCUGGAUACUGUUGUUUUUAAUUCUAUUUUGCUAUCCAAGGCAGACACGACACUUCCAAACAUUCAUGCUGACAGUACCCUUGAACAUGUCAAUAUCAGGAAAAAUGCAGAAACUAUCAUUGUUGUGCCGUACCGACUUACGUAUUCCACGUCAGCACCGGUCGACCCUUCGACAGACCCGGCUCUUUCCUUGCUGAUGGAAAGCUGUAAAAGUCGUGCUCCUCUGAGAAUGUCAUAUAGUGUGACACUUUACUUGAGAUUGGUCUCUUGGACUGGAUACCAUCCUACCAGUUCUGGCACAUUUUCGAUUGCAUGUCCUUCUUCAAUUGCUGACUUGCUCGGAAAUAUAUCCAAUUAGUCCAUUAUGUAGAUGCACAAACAAAAGCACUACCUCGAGUGAACUUUGAUUAUUUACCCUUUUAUCACUCAAGACCACCAUCCAGGGUUUAGCCAAAUAUGGCGAUGUGAAUAAUCAAGCAAUACUAUUUUUGUAGAUAUAUUCUUAUUCCUACCCAUACUUUUGCUGGCUUAUCAUAUCUUUUUCAUAGUAAUACGAUAAAUGAACUAUCAAUAUUUAUCAUU